GAUUCAGAAAAAUUAUCUUCCAUGUUCCUUACUGUUAAAUAUUUAAUUUAUUAUAUCACUUUUUUAAAGAAGAGUUUAAACUUAACUAUAAACUUGUUGUCUUGUGAUCUAAAGAUGAGUAUUAAAAAUAUUUUUUUGUAAAAUAGAGUGAGAAUGCGUAUAAUAGAUUCUUUCUCGAAACUUCAUAUUGACGGGAUACGGGAGCUUGUGUACUAGGAUGUCCUUUUAUUCACUUUUUUAUUGUCAAGGUUGGCAAUGAUAAUGACAAGUACCCACAUAUAUUGAAGCAUGAUGAAAAUGAGGCAAGGGAAGUGAAUGGUUUUAGCUUUAGGAAAAUAUAAUCAUAGUUUAGAAGGUUUUUAUUUAAUAUACCAGGACAAACACUAAGUAGAAGCCCUAUUAGAUCGAAAACAAGCCUAUCGACUAAAAGCAUUAAGUGGCUUAAAUUUGAUUUAUUUUUUUUAAAGAACAAAUUGAAAUUAUAAAAUGUAAAUUAAAAUAUUUAGAAACUAUGUAGAUACCUAACCUUCAAAUUGGAUCCGACAGGCCUACUAUUUAGAAAAGAAACCUUUUUUAGUCCCUCCAACUUCAAGAAAUUUUACCAAGUUGGCCGUGAAUUUUGACAACUCCUUUAUUAUUUUUUUGUUUGAGCAUUUGUGUUGUAAUAUUUGUUAUAUAUAUUUUUAAAAAUAAUCGCACAUAACCACAUAAAAAAAUCUGAGGGAGUAAAAUAAAAUUUUCACAUCAGUGAAACUAUUGGAUAAAAAAUCUGACAAUUGUUAGGCGAACUGUAGGACCAAACUGAGAAACAAAAAACAACAGGGGCCAAAAGGUAAAGUUCCAUCUGAUGAACGGCUCGGAUGGACCCAAUUGGUAUAUCUCCUCUUGAUAUUUUGCAGCGUAAUAGUAGGCCGUUGCACUUUUUGCGCCACGUGUCUGAAAAGGUCGUGCCAACUCGGAGUUCGGUCUGACCUUUUUCCUUGCCUCUUCCCUUCCUCUUCCUCUGCCUGCCUUCUCAUCUCUCCAUUGCAUCUCCCUCCUCCAAAUCAACGUGAAAAAUCUUCAAUGGACGACGAAGAGAUUCCGACGGAGGUUUCCGACGAGCGGCAGGAGGGCUCCGGGGAGGCGACCGGCGGCAGUGAUGAUAGCGUCAAAAGUGACUAUCAAGCUCUCUUUCUACCCACAAAAUGGACUGAUGAGAAGCAUAAUUUAUAUUUGAACUCCAUGGAAUCAUCUUUCCUUAAUCAGUUAUACAACAAUGAGAAUGGAUCAAGUGAUCUCCUUGAUUUUCUGCCACCAAAACCUAUGAAGAAGUUAGGUUCAACUUCCAACUUCUGCCAGUUCUCUUGCCAGUUUGACUUUCUCGGUACAAGUUCACAUAACUUUGUGAGGAAAAGGACACAAUUUGAGAUGAAGAAUGAACUCAUAAAUCGAGCAAUGCCUUCACUCAAUGCAAACACAAAUCAAAAACAGGCCGACUCUUCGCACAUGCCAAGACAGCAUUAUGCAGGAAAUAUUGCAGAAGUCUCUGAUCAGAACUUCGACAUUGAUUCUGAAGAACCAAGUGAAGAACAAGCGGCCAAGAGGACGAAAUCCCAUGCUGUGGAACCCCAUGUCAAAGACAGUUCUACUUAGGAUGUUCGUAGCAUUGACACCGAUGAGGAUCAUAAUAUCCUCGGAAGGAAGAGAACGUUGCUUUCGACGCACAUCAUAAUGGACCAUAGUUUCAGAAGAACACCUAAGAUUGUUUAUCAGCCAUAUAAUUAAGAACUAGAUUGGAGAUUGCAGUAUUAGUUCCAUAUAACUUCCUAUUUCUGGUCACAUCCAUAAUGCAGUAGUCUACAAUAAUCUUACUCUAUAUGAUGUAAUAAUUCGCAAAGCAAU